UUCAAGAAAGCAAUAAACAUUUCUUUAGAUAUUUCUCCUUCUUUUCAGUUUCUAACAUGGUAUCAGAGUUAUAAGCUCUUGGUUCUUUUCUCUUAUCAUCGCUGUUGGGUUUUUUAGAGCUGGAUUUUCAAUUCCAUUCCAGAUCUGAAACUUUGUCAUUGGGAUCUCUUCUCAUACAGAUUGGAUUGUUUAUCCUCGAUUCUCAGACCCUUUCUGAGGUAUUUUGUUGGUUUGUUAUUUCGAUUUUGGCAUCUACUUCUCCAUAUUUUAGAGUUUUUCACUAUUGUGAGUUUACUGAUUCUAUGACGAGUUUUGAAAGGAUUGUAACUCAUCCUGCUACUGCUACGAUUGCCAAAGAAGUGAUAGAACAACCUAAUGUCAACCUUGAAUCCCUAAAACAGGUGAUAUUAAAUCUUUUUAAUACUCCUACUGCCUUAUCUACUGCUCCGGGUACCAAACCUUGGUAUUUCGAUUCUGGUUGUUGUAACCACAUGUCUUCAAUUACUGCUCAUUUCUCUUUAAUGUCACCUAAUAAUUCCUUUCUUGAUAUUUAUUUUGCUGAUAGUUCCCCUAUGAAUGUUAGUUACAUUGGUAAUGUUUCUACAAAGUCAUUGACUUUACCAAAUGCCUUUUUAUUUCCAAAACUUAGUUAUAAUCUUCUAUCUGUCGGUCAAUUAUGCGAUCUUGGUCUUGAAGUAACAUUUUCUGCUCAUGGUUGUUGUGUGCAAGACCCACGGACAGGACAACUUCUUGGAACUGGUCGCAAGGUGGGGCAUUUGUUUGAGCUCAACUAUCUGCAUAUUCCUGAUAAUAAAAUGGAUACACCAUCAUUUCCAAAUGAUCCAUUCAUCCAAACCCUGCUUUGUGCUAUUGAAUUAGAGUCUUUGCAAAUUCCAUAUCAACAAAUCUUCCAAGUCUAUGCUGCUACUAACAUUUCUCCUCUUCAUUUGUGGCACUCACGACUCGGACAUAUCUCUGUCGGUAAACUUCGUCCACUUAUCUCUCGUGGUUUAUUAGGAUCAGUUCCGAAUGGAUCUAUGCAUUGUGUGUCAUGUCAAUCUGCAAAGCAACCAGCUUUAUCUUUUUUGAGUAGUCAUUCUCAUUCUACUGCUCCUUUUGAUCUUAUGCAUUCUGAUGUUCGGGGUCCAUCUCCUACACCCACCAUGGGGGGUUCCAGACACAUCCUUGAUUCUGUUCGUGCUCUGCUCAUUUCAUCUUCUUGUCCAGAGCGAUUUUGGGGUGAGGUUGCUCUUACAGCUGCUUAUCUUAUUAAUCGCAUUCCAUCAUCAGUCCUUAAUAACCAAUCUCCAUAUGAGCGUCUACAUGGUACAUCUGAUGAGCUCUACAAUGCCUCACCACAUGCUCCAACCAGUUCUAUAAAAGAUGAUCUGCCUACUGGUAAUGCAUUAGAUAAUUUUGAGCCUUCUUCUACUUCCUUGUCUACAAAUGAGUUUGUUGUCCCAUCCUCGAGUCAUCCUACUCGGGUAAGAAAGCCUCCAAACUACCUUCGUGAUUAUCAUUGUUUUCUUGCUAUUACUUCGUUACAUGAGCCUCAAUCCUAUCAAGAGGCCUCUUCUAACCCUCUUUGGCAACAAGCUAUGCAAGAUGAAUUACAAGCUCUUGAGAACACUCGUACAUGGGAUUUAGUUGAUCUCCCUGCUGAAAAAUCUCUAAUAGGCUGUAAAUGGAUGGAUGUGAAAAAUGCUUUUCUUAAUGGUGACCUAGAAGAAGAAGUUUAUAUGAAACCACCUCCUGGGCUCCACCAUCCUCCAAACAAGGUAUGUCAAUUGCGCCAUGCAUUAUACGGGUUGAAGCAAUCCUCUCGAGCAUGGUAUGCAAAGUUUAGUGCUACUGUGAGUGAGUUUGGUUUUACUUCCAGUCCACAUGAUACAGCUUUGUUCAUUCGUAAGACUACUCGGGACUGGUCUUUGAUCGUCGAUUUUGAUCAAAGAGGAAAAUCGCCUUCUGGGUUUUGGUUGGAUUUUGAGAUUAGAGCACCUGAAUGCCAAUACUCCUUAUGGUUUUGCAUUCGGCCACCAUUGCAAAAUCAUAGGGAGCGUUGUUUUCCUCUUUGCUUGGUUCGUUCUAGCGUUUGCUCUCUCUUCUCUCUUACGAGUCUCGGUGUCCGGCGUCGGCAUCAUUACCUCCGCGCUGUUCUUUGGUUUUUUGCUUUUUUGCGUUUCUGGCAUCUUAUCUGCCUCGCCUCUCCGUUCGCGAUCUGGUUCUUUAGAUCUCUGCCCUUCGAAGUACUGGCAUCUCCUUUGUGUUACAGUACUGAUUCGAUUCUUUUAGGAUUUGAUUAUUUGCUUAAUUGGAUUUGAAGUAGCAAUCAAAUUGUUGCUGUCAUUAAACAUGUCUACUUUUCUUUUCCCUAAUUUUCUUCAUUGUUACUUGAUGGAAUGGUGAGGAAAAAAAGCUAUUCUUCCGUGUUAUAUUAGUUUAAUCGAUAAAAGGAAAAGUUGAGUAUGAUAGAAAGAAACUAUCCAUAUAUUGGAAGUAAAUGGAUUUUCUGUUUCAAUUUAUUCUUGCAGACUUUUAGGUUUUCAUUUUGUGUAAUUAAUUGUAAUAGAACUAGGUUCUUUACCAUCUGCUAUAGCCGGAUUUAGUGAGUUUAUCUCUCAAAUGCUCGAUCUUCUAUUUCAGUUUAUUCUUAUAGAUUCAUAGGUUUUGAACUGAUGGGUUAUUCGUUCUCUAUUUCUAUUAUAAGUUUCUUUUGCUUAAUGCUUUUCACAUAACUCAUUUUGUUUUCUCACUAGAUUUUAUGAAUUUCAACUGAUUGUUUGUUCGCCCUUUCCCUAUAUCUUUCCAAGUGAAUCGAUGUUGGACCUUUUUCCACUUGAGAAUUCUCUUGUGCUUAACAAAAGAUAAUAUCCAUUAAUCGAAAUAGCUAAUGUUGGUGUUGUCAAUUAAAAUGUUGCAAAUUUUUUCUAUCAAUUGGAUUCUACAGGGGCACAAUCUGCAGAGACUAUUCGCUGAAUGGGCAAAAUAUAUAACUGCAAUUCCAUCCAAGUAUGGCUUAUUUCUUUGUAGCUUUAUUAACUAAAUAAAGUUUUUGUAUUCUUUUUCCAUUCUUUCUUUUUGGGUCUGAGUCUGAGGCUGAGAUUAUUAAGUGAUUAAGAAGUAGCUGAUCAUUACUCUUGGUUUAAUGGAGAAAUUUGGUAUCUUUCUGUUGGUUGCUGUUAUCAUCAUAUCAUUCAAUUGAUGAAUAUAUGUGUUCUAUUAAUACUAAGAGCAGCUUUCUGAUUAAAUUUUAUGAAAUUCC